CUGCAAAGCUUAUGGCCCUUCUUUUGGUACAAUUUGACCCUUUUUGUUUGCAAAGCCAGUAGCGUCACACACCUUUUUGCGUUGUGAUGACGCCACUAAUUCCCUUAUAGAAUGGAGCCUAUGAAAACAGAACCAGAUUCAUCUAAUCCACUUGGUUAUGAUGAUCCUCUUUUAGACGCCAUUGUGAUUCCGGAUUACGUGAAAAACUACGUACCCCGUGAGGAUGAAUACAACACGGUUACCAAAAGUGGUCACCAGAUACGUUUUAUCUUUUCCAAUGUUCAAUUUACAAAUUUUGAGUUGGAGCACAUUCGUGCUUUUAAGAUAUUUGCGGUUCAGCACCUUGAGGGUCCUCAGCUAGACGCCAACGAUGCUGUAGAGAUCUUCAAGAGGCGCUUCACAGCCACUGCAUUCGCUGAGGAUGGUUAUUUGCUACGUUGUUUAAUUGGCAACAAUUAUAAAUACCAAGCUGCAUUCGAUGACAUGCGGGAGAAUUUACAAUGGCGCAAAGAUACGCUACCUAUUGCUCGUCAUGAAAUUGCAGGCGUUUUGUCUCGUGGUAUAAUAUAUGUUCACGGGCGUGAUCGUUGUAUGCGUCCUAUUGUAGUUCUUCAAUUGAGCCGUGUAGGCAAGACUGCUCAUGACGCUGUUUUGCGUUGCAUUUUUUUCAUGCUUGAGGUUACGAUUCACAAGCUUUUGAUUCCAGGUACAAUUGAGCAGUGGAAAGUGAUUGUUGAUAUGAGUGGAACGAAUUUGCUUGGGAUGCAAGUAUCUCUUAUCAAGCAGAUUGCGCGUGCUCUAACCGUUAACUACCGUGGACGCCUUUCACAGAUGUUUUUGAUUAACGCACCUUACAUUAUAUCAGGUAUUUGGGGCAUUGUGAAAAACGUGUUACCGGAGGCCACUCAGGAGAAGAUUCAGAUAAGUUCUGGAAGGAAUACUAAAAAGCUGCUGGAAAAUAUGGACCCAUCUCAACUUGAAAAGAGGUUUGGUGGCAAGGCGGCUGACGUCACUGUGUACGACAUCCCAGUAAUGCCUGAAAUGUAGAUGCACAAUAUCGCUAUCAUCUUGGUGUUGUCCUAAUGGACGCUUCUGUCUACAUUGUUGAGUUCCACGGGUUUGUAUUGACUCGCAUGGUACUAAGCUUAUGCUCCAUUUUGUUGUCAUUUAAAUAUAUGACUUUUGGGACAUAAUGCAGGCGAUAAAGCGCUGCUCAUAACCAUAUUGAAUGUCAUUUUAUGUACUUU